AUGGUUACCAGUUUGAGUAUCCUCAAGGCCACUGAGAAGGCUCCUGUAAUUUCUUAUUAUCUCAGUGCACCAGAUUUUCCAUCUGAUGGUAAUGAGAAGAAAAGAGCUCGUGUGGUGAAAACGAAUAUUUCUCUUAGUGAACUUAGAGAAACCGAACAUACAAUAAUGCUUAUCUGUGUCUUGGCCAGACAUCGGAAUUCAUGGACUAAAGACAUGAAAGUAAUGGAGUCACAGUUAAGAGAGAGAAGUAUCCAAUUUUUAGGCUUCAUUAGUCGAGCAACUCAACGCCAUGGAGAAUCCCCUGAAAAGGUUGCCCCUCUAUUGUGUCAUCCUAUGCGCAAAGACGAGUUUGAGUGGCAUAGGAUGCCAUCAUUUAUAAAAAGCAGAAAUGGCUGGUUUGCACUUUCUUGUCAGACGCAAUUUUCAGACAUGAUAGCAACUGAGAUAUAUAAAGUUGCAUUUCUUCUUCUGAAGUUUUUGUGUCAACAAGCUGAAAAUGUGGCUAGAAGGGCUGAGGAGGUUGGUUUUAUUGAUCUUGCGCAUUUUCCAGAGUUACCAAUGCCUGAUAUCCUACAUGGUUUGCAGGAUCAAGGGAUUGUGAUUGUCACCGAGUUGUGUGAAGCCAACAAGAUGAAGCAGCUUACUUCUGAAAUACGAAACGCGUGUCUCCUCUUGAUGCAAAUAACAAUAAUGGCAUUAUAUUUAGAAUUUUGCGUCGUACAAAUUUGUGGAAUGAGACCUGUGCUGGGACACAUUGAAAAUUUCUCCAAGGAACUAAGGUUGUUGAUGAGAGCAACUGAGGGGCAUUCGUUUUUGAAAGAACCUAUACAAUCCUUGAAGCAAAUUGUAUCAUUUGUAUAUCCCGAUUUACUACAGACAGAAGCAUUAUUUUGACUUGUUAUUGUAAAUUUAAGUACUUUUCACUGCAGUUAUCUGUUGUAAAACUAUAUUUUCCUAGUUGAUCCUUUAGACAACUUAAAUUAUAUUUUAUUUUUUCUUGGAUA